AUGUCCGUCGCCCGCGGAUACACGCGCAUCGCGCUCGGAAAGGUCUCGAACCCACCCAUCCUUCCCAUUCCCGGAGUGCGCGCGGGUAACAAUGUCCCGUUCUCUCUCAAGAAGACCCGCCGCAACUGGAAGCCGAACACGGCACGAUUCACCUGGCCUGUCGGUGUUGUCGCGGGCGCGAUGAACCGUGUCAUGGCCGCGCGCCAGACGCUCGAGGCCGACCCCGCUGCCAAGGUGGCUACGCGCGACCUGUACCCCCGCCUCAACAAGAUCAAGAUGACCAGGCAACAGUCGAGGGAGGUGCUCAAAGCCGGUGGUCUUGAGGGCAUGCUUCUGUCCCGCCCGUCGAAGCACUUCACGCACCAGGGCCGCGCGCUGCGCAACGAGAUGUUCGAGAAGCUGCACGAGCUGCGGCGGUCGCUUGACUCUAACCAGCAGAGCUAG